AACGCAUUUCAAUUGUAAACAAACAAUCCAAAGCGCCCAGCGCGUAAACUCGCUAGCAAUGGCGAAUCUUUUAGAAGAAUUAUUGAACGUUUGUCGGUUUUGUUUGUCCGAGAACAAACAGUAUCUGCAGCCCAUCAUGAAGGCAUUGGAUUCCACACUCACGCCUGACGAGAUAGAACGAUAUACCGGGAUACGGAUAAACACCGAUGAUGACUGUACGCUAUAUGCGAUAUGCAUGGAGUGUACAAGCACGCUGAAAAAGUCGAUUGAAUACCGAACAAAUUGCAUCAACAAUCAAAUUCAUUUCGAAGAAUUGCUUAUGAUGCUGGUCGCCAGUGCAGAAUGCACAAAUCCUGAAGACACUGAGACCGUAAUAUGCUUGGAUAGUGAUGAUGAUGGGACGGAUUUGAAUAGCAUUGAAGACAUAUUGCACGAGGAAUCUAUAGGGCUAGAAGAUAGUUUAUCGUAUGAGAAAGAUAUGCUGCAGGAAGAAGUCAGUUGCAUCGAUACCAUUCGCAGCUAUAACAGCCCUCAGCCAUCGAAGCGGAUGUUCAAUGAUGAGGAUGAAAUGUACAGCGCUAACUAUAUCCUACCUGGCGAAUCAUGCUAUUCCGAUAGCGACGACGGCGAAAGCUCUGUGACGACGAAAAAGCAAAGAAAAAACUACACGUUUAAGAAAGAUCCUCCGAAAGAGCAGCGACUUGUUAAGGAGAAAAAAACGUAUGAUUUUUCUCCACUUAAAAUCAGUAAAAAUUAUUUUGUCAAAUCGUACAAAGUAGGAAAACGAAUAUAUCCCAAGGCGCUCUGUGAUGUUUGUGGAAUUAUGGUCUGUGACAUAAAUAGUCAUGUGCGAAAUCAUUUCCCAGCGACUUUCUUCCCAUGUCCACACUGUCCAGUGAAAAUGAAAGGUAAAACAAAUCUGAAAUCACACAUCGAUACGGUACAUUUCAAAAAGGUUGGCAAAACAUGCAAUAUAUGCGGCAAAGGAUUCAUACACCACAAAACCUACCGAUAUCAUAUGCUUGGUCAUCAAUCCGAAGGUAAAACUUUUGAAUGCAAAGUAUGCGGGAAAAUCUUUGACAAACCUUGCGGCCUGAGCGAUCAUUGUAAAAGAGUUCAUAAUUUAGCCAGGCCAACAAAACGAGGCAGUUCACUUGCGCGCCUAGAAACCAAGGACUCUCAAUAA